GCCGCCAGGUGGCGCCCUCCUGAGAGCCGGCCCUCCCCGCGGACUGUGCUUGACCCCUGCGGGCCGCCGUCGCCGCGCUCGGCAUUCCGCCGCCGUUCGGCUCCGCAGCGUCGGGCUCUCGCUGCUCUCCGUGGCGCUGCAGUCGCACACCUGGGGUCUCCUCAGGCUGGCGGCGGAGAUGACCCCCUGAGCAGCCCUGAGCGGGUAGCGACGGCCGGGCGGGCGCCGCGGCCCAGGCCUGGCUCGGCGGGCGGAGGCUGGGUCGCGGCCUCUUUGUCUCCAGGACGGCGGGCGCGUCCGCGGGGCUCGGGGCGGAAGUCCCGACGCGCUCCCGGUGCCCCGAACUGCAGCGGCCGCGCCAUGAGCGACAUCCGCCACUCGCUGCUGCGCCGCGAUGCGCUGAGCGCCGCCAAGGAGGUGCUGUACCACCUGGACAUCUACUUCAGCAGCCAGCUGCAGAACGCGCCGCUGCCCAUCGUGGACAAGGGCCCGGUGGAGCUGCUGGAGGAGUUCGUGUUCCAGGUGCCCAAGGAGCGCGGCGCGCAGCCCAAGAGAUUGAAUUCACUUCAGGAACUCCAACUUCUUGAAAUCAUGUGCAAUUAUUUCCAGGAGCAAACCAAGGACUCUGUGCGGCAGAUUAUUUUCUCAUCCCUUUUCAGCCCCCAAGGGAACAAAGCCGAUGACAGCCGGAUGAGCUUGUUGGGAAAACUGGUCUCCAUGGCAGUGGCCGUGUGUCGAAUCCCAGUGUUGGAGUGUGCAGCCUCCUGGCUCCAGCGGACACCUGUGGUCUACUGUGUGAGGUUAGCCAGAGCCCUCGUGGACGACUACUGCUGUUUGGUGCCAGGAUCCGUGCAGACGCUGAAGCAGAUAUUCAGUGCCAGCCCUCGUUUCUGCUGCCAGUUCAUAACUGCUGUCACUGCGCUUUAUGACUUGUCGUCAGAUGAUCUCAUCCCACCAUUGGACUUGCUUGAAAUGAUUGUCACCUGGAUUUUUGAGGACCCAAGAUUGAUUCUCAUCACUUUUUUAAAUACUCCGAUAGCAGCCAAUCUCCCAAUAGGAUUUUUAGAGCUCACGCCGCUCACUGGAUUGAUCCGCUGGUGUGUGAAGGCCCCUCUGGCUUAUAAAAGGAGGAAGAAGCCCUCCUUGUCCAACGGCCACGUCACCAGCAAAGCUGCACAGGACUCAGGAGCGAUGGACAGAGACUCCCACCUCUUGUACUCCAAACUCCACCUCAGCAUCCUGCAGGUGCUCAUGAUGCUCCAGGUGCACCUGACCGAGAAGAAUCUCUACGGGCGCCUGGGACUCAUCCUGUUUGACCACAUGGUCCCGCUGGUGGAGGAGAUCAACAGAUUGGCAGAUGAACUGAACCCCCUCAACGCCUCCCAAGAGAUCGAGCUCUCUCUGGACCGGCUGGCACAGGCUUUGCAGGUGGCCAUGGCCUCUGGUGCCCUGCUGUGUACAAGAGAGGACCUGAGAACCUUGUGCUCCAGGCUGCCCCAUAAUAACCUGCUCCAGCUGGUGAUCUCGGGCCCCGUGCAGCAGUCACCACACACCGCACUGCCCCCUGGGUUCUACCCUCACAUCCACACGCCCCCGCUGGGCUACGGGGCCGUGCCAGCCCAUCCCGCCGCCCACCCCGCCCUGCCCACGCACCCCGGGCACAGCUUCCUCUCGGGCAUGACGUUUCCAUUCAGGCCCAUCCGCUAGGCUGGCCCACGUACCACCGAGUGGCAGUGUGCUUUCUGCGCCUGGGUCGGAGGAGGCCUUCCAGAGGGGGCGACCCUCCCUUAGAAGACGACCUGUGGGGGGCAGCCAGGCGGCCCCUCCUCACCGGCAGGACUGUCUUGGUGUGGAAGUCCUGUGGCGUCGCCAUCCAGGUGCUUCCCACCUGGACACAUUCGUUAGAGUCCAGAUUGGACAGAACAAAGGAAAAGCAUCCAGCCCUCCACGGAGCGAUGCAGGCGUCUUUAAAAGAUGCGAAUUCUGUGAGCCUGUUGUGUCGGGUGUCUUUUCAGACACACGCUCUGAGCCUGUGCUGUCGGGGACCCGGAUGUGAGAAGCAGCAUUACAAGUCCUUGUCUGGCUUCUUUCCUUGUGGAUGGGGCGUGUUCCUGCCAUAAACAGGCUACUUGGACAGCUCCGGGAGCUGGAAGCUGCAGCCUUGUGAUCACGAGCUUACACACAGCACUUGGCACUGUUCAUGGACACCUGUGAGGAUUGUCCCCGCCACUGAGGAAAGGAACUUCUCUCUUUUAUUGGGGUCUCUAAAUUUCCUUUCAUAUCUUCAAAUAAAUUUUUUUCUUAAUAGUUU